UAGUGUCUAAAUUCUCUCUGGCUUUAUUUUAAGAACAUACCAAAUCCCAAUAUAAAUAUCUUAAUCACAGAGUAUCAUAAUUCUCUUAUCAGUCUUCCAGUUACCAAGCAUUUAAACUAUUGUUACAUGAUAAAUUCUUAAAGUUUAAAUGCUUGCAAGGUUUGUUAACUCGUUGCCGUUUGGGCUAUCACAGCGAAUAACUAAAUAUUACUUUCAGGCUUUAGUUUGGAACCAACGCACAACACACAGUUCUCCCGAGUUUUUUGAAUAUCAAAACAUGAACGUGAAAAUUCUCCCGGCCUUAAAAGACAAUUACAUGUACCUGAUUGUUGAUAAGGCGACUAAGGAGGCUGCUAUAGUUGACCCUGUAGAACCUAAAACAGUUCUGAAGGCUGUUCAAGAUGAGUGUGUUAAUCUUACUACAGUUCUAACGACUCAUCAUCAUUGGGAUCAUGCAGGUGGUAAUGAGGAUCUUGUGAAAAUGAUACCAAAUCUAAAAGUAUAUGGUGGUGAAGAUAGAAUUGGAGCACUCACAGAUAAAGUGCAGCACAAUACUAAAUUACAAGUUGGCAAUUUGAAUGUCCAGUGUCUUUUCACACCAUGCCACACAUCUGGUCAUAUUUGUUACUUAGUGACUGCUCCAGAGGAGGAUAGUGACCCAGUUGUUUUUACUGGUGAUACUCUAUUUUUGGGUGGUUGUGGUAGAUUUUUUGAAGGCACAGCUGAAGAAAUGCACAAAGCACUAAUUGAUAUACUUGGAAAUCUUCCUGACAACACAAAGGUGUUCUGUGGUCAUGAAUAUACACUUCAAAAUUUAAAAUUUGCAUCGCAUGUUGAACCUGAUAAUGAACACGUGAAAAACAAAAUAUCUUGGUCUCAGAAAAAGCGGCAAAGUGGAAUGCCCACAGUGCCAUCUACAAUAAUUGAAGAGAAACUUUACAAUCCAUUCAUGAGAGUAACUGAGCCGUCAGUUAUGAAAUAUGUGAAUAAAACUGACCCUAUAGAAACAAUGAAGGCUAUUCGUUUGGAGAAAGAUAACUUUAAAGGCUGAAUGCUUACAUUCGUAAUUUAAAAUUUGUUGUUUCUAUUCAUGGAACUUUGGGAAUAGCUAAUGGAAAUUUUUGUUUAUUUAUCUUUAUUAUAAUUUUAUUAAAUAUUUAAUAGUUUGUAAAGAA